AUAGCUGAAACUCACAAAACUAGAGCUUCGCUUUCGAGAGCUAGUGGAGGCUUAAAGAGCUCUAUAAGGAAAACAUCAAGAAAUGGCUCUACCUCACAAUGUAUGGGCAUUUGUGUUCGGGAUCAUGGGCAACAUCAUAUCAUUCGUCGUGUUCCUAGCCCCAGUGCCGACUUUUGUAAGGAUAUGUAAGAAGAAAUCUACAGAAGGCUUUCAGUCUCUUCCGUAUCUUUCAGCUUUAUUUAGCGCGUUGCUUUGGAUUUACUAUGCAAUGCAAAAAGAUGGCUCAGGCUUCCUUCUCAUCACCAUAAACUCUGUUGGGUGCUUCAUUGAAAGCAUUUAUAUCAUCCUUUUCAUAACCUAUGCUAACAAGAAAACUAGAAUAUCCACUUUGAAGGUCCUUGGUCUCCUGAACUUUUUGGGGUUUGCCGCCAUUGUUCUGAUCUGCGAGCUCUUAACCAAAGGAUCAACACGUGAGAAAGUUCUCGGAGGGAUAUGCGUUGGAUUUUCCGUCAUUGUCUUCGCAGCCCCUUUAAGUAUCAUGAGACUAGUGGUACGAACAAGAAGUGUGGAGUUUAUGCCAUUCUCUUUAUCUUUGUUUCUUACACUUAGUGCCAUCACGUGGCUCUUCUACGGUCUUGCUAUUAAAGACUUCUACGUUGCGCUUCCAAAUGUGUUGGGCGCGUUCUUAGGAGCUAUUCAAAUGAUUCUCUACAUAAUAUUCAAGUACUACAAAACUCCAGUGGCUGAGACGACCGAGAAAUCCAAAACAGUGUCUGACCAUUCCAUCGACAUAGCGAAGCUAACUACCGUUAUGCCGGGUCCAGUUUUGGAUUCAGCGGUUCAUCUACUGCCUGCUAUUCAUACUGUUCCCGACACUGAGCUUCAAGUGACCGAGAUCCAGAGCCAGAACAUCACGGGUCCAAAAGAUCAGCGCAACAAGGAUUUCGAGAACCAAGGCCCAGUUUAACUAGUGAAUCUUAUUUAGAGACAUUAAUAAUGCAUUGUUUGAGUUGUGCACUUAGCUAAACUUUUCAUAUAUUUUCGUAUUUUAUGGUUUUCGUAUUUCUUGUUAGGACUCGUCUACUACCUCUUUCCCGCUAUCAGUUUAUUUCCAGGUAUCUGGAAAUUGUGCUAUGAUCAAUAAAUAAUUCUUUUAAGAAAAA